AUGGUAUCGGAAAUAACUGAAGAGAAGGAUGAUGAGAGUAGUUAUUUUGUUGAUCCACAAGUUCAGAAGGAGAGAAUAAGGCGUAUUAUAGAGUAUCAGAAGUCUCUUUAUCUGUCUUCUUCUUCGUCAUCUUCCUCUUCAUCCUCUGCUGCUUCAUGUUCCUCAUUCUCUUCAUCUCAAAAAAGAAGCAGUUCGUUAAGUUUGGUUCAAGGAGGAAACACGUCUUCGCAGAUAUCAGAAAUAAUUGAAGAGAAGAAUGAUGAGGACAGUUGUUGUGUUGAUCCACAAUCUCAGAGGGAAAGGAUAAGGCGGAUUAUAGAGCAUCAGAAAUCACUUUGGCAAUCUUCGUCUUCCUCAUCUUCCUUGUCUUCCUCAGCUGCUUCUUGUUCUUCAUUUUCUUCAUCACGAAGAAGUGGCAGUUUGCUGAGUUUGAUGAAAGUAGGAAACACAUCCUUGAAGAGAUUAUUUGAGAUGGAGCAUACUAGUCUGGCUAACCAUUUUGAUGAUUUGAGUGGCUCACCUGUAAUUAAGCCUAUCCUUCUCUGGGGCAGUGAUACAGACAAUGAACAUGAAAUAUAUAAUCCCUGGCCAUCCGUCAUGCAGUUUGGCCCCAGAAAUGAUUCUAGGAUUGAUAGGCAAAGUAAGUUUGCUUCAGAUGGUAGUGUCAUUGAAAGUGAUGGUUUCCAUAAUAGAGAGGUAAGAACUGGCAAACGGAACUUGACUAGGAAAAAGUCCUUUAGGAGAUUGCCAGGAUUUGGCAUAUGGAGAUGCGGAGGAUAUAGAAUGAGAUUAAGGUUGAGACGGCUUAGGAUUGCUUUUUGUAGAAGAAAAUACUGA